AUCAUCUAUGGUAAGGAGUAAUUUACAAUUAACGACUUUCUGUUUACUUAAGAGAUGCCAAAACUAGAUACACCUCAUUUCACCAUCCACGGUACAAUGAAGAUUGGCCAAGGAUUACGCACAGUGUUUGUUUUAUGUUUCUUUGCCAAGCUUGUAAAUGCACAAGAUCCAGCUCUUCUUGCCGGAGAGGUGGUUGCUGAAAAUAUUAACAACGGGGCGUUUACCGCUGUUGUCAAAGAUGUCGUUAAAACAGUGGCGCCAUUUUUAAAUGCCUUCACCUCGGCAAUAAAACUUAUAUUUGGAAUACAAGCUUCUUCUACAGAGUCUACAGAACUUAAAUAUCUGCGAAACCUGUCAGAGAGCAUCAACCGAAGAUUUGAUCAAGUAAACGUGCAAUUUAAUGACGUAAAGAAUUUGAUUGAUUGGUCAGCAAUUCAAGUUUCUUAUGGAAUGUUAGAGAGCAAUAUAUAUGUAGUUUCUGAUCAAUUCAGCCGAAUAUUUCAAGUUCCAGAAUCAGGAAUUAAUCACCAGAAGACACUGUUUGUCAUCAGCUAUAAAAACAGUUACAUCGAUAGCGGUUCCAGGCUGUUUACAGCAUUUAUGCAAGAUCAUGGCGUUAUAAGCCAGGGACUUCUCCGUCCUGCCAUGAAGUACACGAGAAACGAUAGAGACAAAAUGAGAACAUUUAUGUUGGGAAUUUUAAAAUUGCUCAUAAGGGCUGCUAAAGUAGAGUUAGCAUAUUUUGGAGUAAAGGGUUAUGAUUCUCUUAUUCCAUUCUACAUUCACCAAUGGCAAGUUCGCAUUGAGCAAGUCCAAGAGAAAAUGAAGGCGAUAGAUUUGGAAUUAAAGAACGUUUUUCUACCCCAAUCCCUUAAGGAUAUCAACCGGUUUGCAAUGGAUUCAAAAAAUUUAAGGCUUAGUAAUCAAAACUACAGUUUUAAUCUCUAUCAGGAACUUUCUUCAAAAUAUUUCUGGAGGGAUUGGUUAGUUGUAGCAUCCACUCAUACGGAAGGGCAAAAUGACGCACACUCACGGGUCUGCAAUGGCGUCAUCAGAUCUGUGUAUCGAACAAAAGAUAUCGUAGUUGACAGCAUCGAGCAUAGUGAACCAUCUUUUCAUAUAAGAAAGGUUAAAAGUCUGGAAGCAUCAUUAACCCAAACGUGCCAAAAUACAGCCACUUAUAUUGAUAACAAUUUGGUUUUUUUUUUUCGUAAAUUACUUAAAGGAUAUUGACAGAUUUUAAUAAAUUCAAAACAUCUCAAUACUGAAUAACCACGAUUUUAGUAGGAACCUUUAUGUAGAACUUUCUACAAAAUAUUAUUGUGGAGAUCAGUUAGUUGUGGUUUCGAGUCUCACUAAAGGACAUCAUGACGCUCACUCACGAGUAUGUGAUGCUUCAACAAUUCAAAUCAGUGUCCAGAAUUAAAAGAAAAUCACGUCAUUAAUAGAAUAGAACAUGACAAGCUUCAUUUUGAUAUCAGAGAAGUCACACGUAUAAGUGCACUUAAACCAAGGUUGUCAACACAAUGCCUACUUAAAUCGUUCUGUGUAAAACGGGUACCUAAGCUCAAGCGGCUCUGGGAAGGCCACGUAUAUCCUUCAGAUUCCGGUGUUAUUUUUAAUAGGAUGAGUUCCGUAACAGCGUCUUGUCCGAUCUAUUUUUUCUGUGGGAAUCAUCGCUACGGAAAAGAAUCCUGUAUAUUACGCAGGUACAAUGAAUGGUACGAAAGCAAAUUGUCUGUGUCCCUAACUGGAGAACAUAAAUACAAUGUACAUUUCU